AUUGAUAACGCUAUCCAAGGGGUGUUCAAGCGUCAAUUGUAUUCAAACAGGAAUCUUGUGUUCGACAGCACUUCAACGGGUCCUAUAAUCUACGAUGAGAUAACCGUAUCAGCGACAUCAAUCAGCGAGUACGGAGACUGCUAUGAGAAAGUUGGACAGUCGUAUGUGCUGGGGUUGAGAAGGAUGGGACGCCCGAUAUGCUAUCGCUGUGUAACGCCAAUACUUCGCUCGUCAAACAUUCUACAGUUAGCUCAUCAGCAAGGUGAGUAA